AUGGCAGUGACAAAUCGUCGAAAGGCACGCGACAGCGGCGAUGUCGAAGCUAGGCCUAGCUCAGAGCCUUCGGGUCCCCAUUAUCGAAGCAACAGUCAACCCUUUGCUGGAAGACUCGGUGCCAAUCAGGCGUACGUUGUCGAAGGAGGAACAUCGGAAGACGACCAUUUGCUGCAUCAUGCACCAGAUGCCACGCCGCACAUGUCGUUCUGGGAGUUGAUGGACAUGAGCCCGAUCAAGAAUCUGGAUUUAUGGAAAGCGGCGCUUAUCGAGGGGAUUGGUACUUUACUGUUUGUGUACAUAACGAUAUGGGUAAACAUCUCUCCAGAUACUGCUCCCGCGGCCCCAACACAACGAUUUGGGAGCUUUGACAAUGCUGCUUUCCUGGGACCUCUCAUUGGCGGCAUAACUAACCUAAUCUUCAUAACACUCUUCAUCACGUCCUUUGGAGCGAUUUCCGGCGCACAUUUCAACCCUCUGAUCACCUUUGCGACUUUCUGCGCUAGACUAUGCUCACUGCCGCGUCUGAUACUCUACGUCGCAGCUCAGCUCGGCGGAGGAGCCUUGGCAGGCUUACUAGUCAGGGCAAGCUGGGGAGGUCGAGACUUCAAAGUCGGCGGAUGCUGGCUGUUCACGGAUAUCGUCCCGCCAAGGGAGAUAUUUGUAGUCGAAUUGGUGUCAUCUACCCUGCUCCUGUUUCUUGCUUUUGGUGUUGGCCUGGACCCACGACAAGCAAAGAUCAUUGGUCCAGCUCUGGGACCUUUCAUGGUAGGAUUGAGUGUUGGGACUAUGAGCUUUGCAAGUGCUUUCGCGAGAUAUGGAUAUGGCGGUGCUGGGCUGAAUCCAGCGAGAUGUAUGGGGGCUUUUGUUGGAAGCAGCUUCCCAAGUUGGCAUUGGAUACACUGGGUUGCUGAUGGAACUGCCUGUAUUAUUCACGGCGUAUGCUAUUAUUUCAUUCCGCCUUGGACCGAAGUCCGUCAAUGA